AUGAAGAUUGUCUUCUUUUAUAUUCUUUCAACCCUGCUCGGUGCCUUUGCCUAUAAUCCAGACCACAUAGCUGGUGGCACCCCCCCCUACUUGGUCUACCUGAAAUCUGACUACUUGCCCUGCACUGGGGUCCUGAUCCAUCCUCUUUGGGUGCUCACAGCUGCACACUGCAAUUUACCGAAGCUUCGGGUGAUUCUUGGCCUUACAAAUCCAUCAGACAACACUGAAAAGAAUGUGGAAGUGACUGGCUAUGAGAAAAUGAUCCACCAUCCGCGCUUCUCAAUCUCUUCUAUCUCAUAUGACCUCAUGUUAAUCAAACUAAAGAGAACAAUUCAACCCAACAACUAUAUACGAAUGGUGGAACUGCCACAGCACAUCAUCCCUGAGGAUACCAUGUGUUCUGUCUCUACGUGGAGCUACAAUCUAUGUGACACCACCAAGGAACCUGACUCACUGCAGACUGUGAACAUCUCUGUAAUCUCCAAGACUGAGUGUCGUAAUGGCUAUAAAGCCUAUGACAUCAAAGAAAACAUGAUCUGUGUGGGCAUUGUGCCGGGACGAAGGCUGCCCUGCAAGGAAGUGUCAGCUGCCCCAGCAGUCUGCAAUGGUGUACUGUAUGGAAUUCUGUCUUAUGCAGAUGGCUGUGUUCUCAGAGCUGAUGUUGGCAUCUAUGCUAGCAUUUUUCACUUCAUGCCCUGGAUUGAAGAUACUAUAGAAAAUAAUUGA